AUGCGAAACAUUGCUAACGAUGCCCUUCUAGUACCCGUACUUGUUUAUAUCCAUGGAGGAUCCUACGUUUACGGCAACCCGGCCACCUUUCCAUUCGACCAUUGGGUCCAUCAAAGCCUUAACGUCGUCAUCGUCAUCAUCUAUUACCGUCUUUCGUCCUUUGGGUUCCUCGCUAUCUCGGAAUUCUCAGACACCGCCAAUGGAGACUUCAACGUAGGCUUUCUUGACCAGACACAGGCCCUCAAAUGGGUCAAGCGACAUAUACGAGCGUUCGGCGGGGAUCCGUCGAGGGUGACUAUCAACGGGCAGAGCGCCGGAGGAGCCUCGGCUUCACGCCCCACCCUGGUUUUCGAAAUGAAUUCCAGUCGCUAG